CCGGAUAUGUUUUUAGGUUGCGUGACCCGACCUAAUAAUUUUCUUCCCUAUAUUUGGCCCCGAAGCCGCUUAAAUCCUAGAAUGCUCGGAAGCUUCCGCAGCUUGAGAAACCCUCGUCUCGACUUCCUGCUCUUACAAGAAAAUUUUUAAUUUUGUCUCGAAUACGUGACGAGUGAGUGCCAUAAAAAUGGUGACGAGAGGACUAGUUGGGGAAAAAUGGUCGCAGAGGAUUCUCUGGCUCUGCGCAUUUGGUAGCGCAUUAGGCUUGUAUAUGGUUGCUGUGGAGAGACAGGCUCAGAACAGGGAAAAAAUGAUGGGUGAAGGAUUGACGAGUUUGGAUGGUGCACAUAGCCAGUCUAGUGGAGAGGAUGCUUAAGACAGGUGAAUAAUUGUGAGGAAUUUCUGAAUAUUUUUUUCUCCAAGCUCUGUUUUCAGCAGGAACAUAUUUAUAAACUGGAUGAAGAAGGAUAUAUGUUUGAAUAGCUAUUGAUGAGUUUCUCUGCAGAGUUACUCUUUCAGAAAAACUCUGCUAAACAAAAAGCAUAAAUCAGGGUACAUUCUCUUGCAAAUGUCUAGUAAAAACAUUCAUGACUAAAGAAACUCUUAUUCAAUUGACAAAAUUAUGUUGUAUUUUAUUGAAAUGGCUUUGAAGGUAGAAUGAGUAUUAAGAACAAUGCAAAUUUAAAUUUUGGUUUUGUAUA